AUGCUCGCCCAACCGGCCCUCGCUGUACCUCCACCUCCGCCAGAGUACCGCUUCGAAUUCAACACACACAUCUCGUCCCCUAGUACUACUAGUACUACUACUGCAGUGCAACCGAAAGCAGUGGAGAGCAUACAGCUGCCCAGUACUCGUCGUACUACCAGGCCAUCUGCAGCAUUCUCGCUCCGGAAAGCAACGCUUCAAGAUGCCCGGGCCAUCGCGGAGCUCGGAUCAACAGUGUUCACAACGACAUUUGGAUUCUCGAUUCCGACGCCCGAUCUGGACGUCUAUCUCGACGAGGCAUACAGCGUCUCUGCGAUAGAAAGGGAUAUCCAAAACCCUGAUACACAUGUGAUCGUGGCCGUGGAGAGUUCGAGCGUCGACAAUGAUCAAAUCAUCGGUUUUGCCCAGUUGACCGAGGGCACGAGUGAGCCUUGUAUAGAGGACCUCGAGGGUAUCGUCGAGUUGCAGCGUCUGUAUGUCCAUGAGGAUUUUCAUGGCCUCGGCGUGGGCAAGGCUCUUACUGCGGCGAUUGAGGAUAUGGCGGCGCGAGUUUUGGAUUAUCGGGCCAUAUGGCUGGGUGUGUGGGAGGGGAAUUUCAAGGCGCAGCGCGUGUAUGAGGCGAUGGGGUAUUCGAGGGUUGGGGAACAUGAGUUUAAGAUGGGACGGUGUAUUCAGACGGAUUGGAUCAUGGUGAAAGAUUUGCUGUAUUUGUAA